AUGGCCUCCUGGGAGAGCACACCCUCCUCCCGGGGCUUGCUUGCUUGCACGCCCACCUCGUGUGGUCUCCACGUGCCUUCUGACGCCCGGAGCAGGUGGACUGCCUCUCUGGCCCAGCCACCUUCCUCGAGGGGGAGUCCCGUUCUGCAGCAGGCUGCCACAGCACCGAAUUGUUCCCUCUGCCCCCGGGACGCCAAUCUGUCCGUGCACACCGACGACCCGGACCUCACUCCCUGUUUCCAGAACUCCCUGCUGGCCUGGGUCCCCUGCAUCUACCUGGGGGCUGCCCUGCCCUGCUACCUCUUCCAUCUGCGGCACCAUCACCGAGGCUACGUUAUCCUCUCCCACCUCUCCAGGCUCAAGACGGCCUUGGGCGUCCUGCUGUGGUGCAUCUCCUGGGCUGACCUCUUCUACGCCUUCUAUGACCUGGUCCACGGCUGGGCCCCCGCCCCCAUCUUCUUUGUCACCCCGUUGCUGGUGGGGGUCACCGUGCGGCUGGCCACUCUGCUAAUCCAGCAUGAGCGGCUGCAGGGGGUAAAGUCCCCAGGAGUCCUCAUCAUCUUCUGGUUCCCGUGCGUGGUCUGUGCCAUUGUCGCCUUCCGCUCCAAGAUCCUGUCAGCCGUGGCAAAGGGCAAGACCUCAGACCCCUUCCGCUUCGCCACCUUCUACAUCUACUUCGCCCUGGUGCUCUUCGCUCUCAUCCUGUCCUGCUUCAGGGCGCAGCCGCCAUUUUUCUCCCCAAAGAAUGUCGACCCUAACCCCUCCCCAGAGGUCAGCUCUGGCUUCUUCUCCCGCCUGUCUUUCUGGUGGUUCACAAAGAUGGCCAUCCUUGGCUACCGGCGCCCCCUGGAGGAGCAGGACCUCUGGUCCCUGACCGAGGAGGACCGCUCGCAGGUGGUGGUGGACAGGCUGAUGGAGGCAUGGAAGAAGCAGCAGAAGCAGCCAGCGCGACACAGGGCCGCGGUGGCAUCUGGGAAGAGUGUGUCCGGUGAGGAUGUGGUGCUGCUCGGGGGCCAGCCCAGGCCCCGGGAGCCAUCCUUCCCGCGGGCCGUGCUGGCCACCUGUGGUUCCGGCAUCUUCACGAGCAUCUGCUUCAAGUUGACCCAGGACCUGCUCUCCUUCGUCAAUCUGCAGCUGCUCAGCAUCCUGAUCAGGUUUAUUUCAAACCCCGUGGCCUCCACCUGGUGGGGUUUCCCGGUGGCCGGGCUGAUGUUUGCAUGCUCUGUGACUCUGCUCUCACAACAGCAUCUCCACUGUAUCUAUGUGAUGGUGUUGAGGCUUCGUUCGGCGAUCACAGGUGUCAUCUAUAGGAAGGUCCGCUGGAACAGGGUGCCGGGGGGCCUGGGUGUGAGUCUGACUCUCCUUGGCUGGCCGGCUGUAGUCGCCUUCCUGUGCCUCUGUCCGUCUGUGGGGGUCUGUGCACAUUCUUUAGGUAUUUGUCUUAUCGAUCCACCCAUGCCUCCUCAGAACCUGGGUCCUUCCAUCUUGGCUGGGGUGGCUUUAAUCGUCUUGCUGGUCCCACUCAACGGAGCUGUGGCCAUGAAGAUGCGUGCCUUACAGGUAGGCCAAAUGAAGUUCAAGGACUCGCGCACCAAGCUGAUGAGUGAGACCCUGGGUGGCUUCAAGGUGCUGAAGCUGUAUGCCUGGGAACCCGUUUUCUUGGGGAAGGUGGAGGGCAUCCGGGAGGACGAGCUCCGGAUGCUACGCCAGUCUGCCUACCUCCAAGCCAUAUCCACGUUCACCUGGGUCUGCACCCCCUUCCUUGUGACCCUGAUUACCCUUGGGGUCUAUGUGUCCGUGGACCAGAACAACGUGCCUGAUGCCGAGAAGGCCUUUGUGUCUGCGUCCCUGUUCAAUAUUUUAAAGACUCCCCGGAACCUGCUGCCCCAGAUAAUCAGCGGCCUGGUCCAGAUCAGUUUGUCUCUGAACCGGAUCCAGCAUUUCCUGAGCCAAGAUGAACUUGACCCCCACUGUGUGGAAAGAAAGACCAUCACCCCAGGUCCAGACACCCUCUACCUGGGCUGCCCUUGCCCCAGACCCUGCUCCAGAAAAUCUUCUGAAGUUGACUACUCCAGUACAUACCUCCCACCUCUCUCCUCCAUCCAGGGCAUUCACCUGUCUGGGGGCCAGCGACAGCGGGUGAGUCUGGCCCGAGCUGUUUACAGGGAAGCUGACCUUUUUAUGUUGGAUGACCCACUGUCAGCUGUGGACUCCCAUGUGGCCAAGCAUCUCUUUGACCAAGUCAUAGGGCCCGAAGGCGUGCUGGCAGGCAAGACACGGGUGCUGGUGACAUACAGCAUCAACUUCCUGCCCCAGAUGGACUUCAUCAUAGUGCUGGCUGACGGGCAGGUGUCUGAGGCGGGCCCCUACCCCCUGCUGCAGCACAGCGGCUCCUUUGCCAACUUCCUCUGCAACUACGCACCUGACAAGCCUGAGAAGAACCUGAAGGAAGGCAGCAGGACCGGUAACCAUCCCUGGCCCUCCACAUUCCUGUGCCCUCCCGGCAUCUCCCCUGUCUUGGGGUGCCUGUCGCUGGAUGGGCCCAGUGUCACACAAGGGAGGUUCCGAGGAACUUCGACCAUCUGCGUGACAAUCAGACGUCACCAAGAGGGAAACCGAACUGGACGUAGUCAAGUGCCUCUCCCUUCUCUUGCCUGUGUGACCUUAUCAGCAGCUCAGGCCUCAGAGCCCUACUUUUCCCUUGUGUCCGAAGGGCAUAAGGGCCCGGGCCCGGGCCCACCAGCCGCUUCUCCUUUCUCCCACCCUGCUGCAGGCCCCCAGCAGUCCCGGGGCUCACGAGAGUCCUCUGUCCUUGACCGCCAUGGCCUGCAGGUGGAGCUGAGUGUGUUCUGGGAUUAUGCCAAGGGCAUGGGGCUCUAUACCAUAGUGGCCAUCUGUCUUCUGUACCUGGGUCAUAGUGCGGCUGCCAUCGGGGCCAGCGUGUGGCUCAGUGCCUGGAGCGAUGAGGCUAUGGUGGAUGACCGACAGAAUAACACCUCCGUGAGGCUGGGUGUCUAUGCUGCCUUGAGUGUUUUGCAAGGGCUCCUGGUGAUGGUAUCAGCCAUCACGCUGAUGGUGGGGAGUGUCCAGGCUGCACGCUCGCUUCACCGGGUGCUGCUGCACAAGAUGCGCUGGCCGUCCUUCUUCCAUACGACGCCCUCAGGCCGGAUCCUCAACCGGUUCUCUAAGGACAUUUACGUCAUCGAUGAGGUUCUGGCCCCCACCAUCCUCUUGCCGCUGAAUUCCUUCCACAACUCCAUCUCCGCCUUCGUGGUCAUCAUAGCCAGCACGCCGCUCUUCACUGUGGUCACCCUGCCUCUGGCUGUCCUGUACAUCACGGUGCAGCGCUUCUAUGUGGCUACGUCACGGCACCUGAAGAGGCUGGACUCCGUCAGCCGCUCGCCCAUAUACUCCCACUUUUCAGAGACGGUGACUGGCACCAGCGUCAUUCGGGCCUAUGGCCGCAGCCAGGACUUCAAGGCCAUCAGUGAUGCUAAGGUGGACACCAACAUGAGGAGCUCCUACCCCUACGUUGCCUCCAACAGGUGGCUGUGGGUCCACGUGGAGUCCGUGGGGAACUGUGUUGUGUUCUUUGCUGCACUCUCUGCUGUGAUUGGCAGAAACAGCCCGAGUCCGGGGCUGCUGGGCCUUUCUGUGUCCUACGCCCUACAGAUAACAAUUAGUCUGACGUGGAUGAUCCAAAUGAUGUCAGACUUGGAGUCUAACAUCGUGGCCGUGGAGAGAGUCAAGGAGUACUCCAAGAUAGAGACUGAGGAAGUGUCCCUCCUGCUACCAAAGUCCACCCCUGCAGACUUCACCCCCCUCAUUACACCCUCUGCUUCCUACAGCCUGUUCCCUCUCGUGGGCCAGCGCCAGCUCGUAUGCCUGGCCCGAGCCGGGCUCCGCAGGAGCCACAUCCUGGUUUUAGACGAGGCCACGGCUGCCAUGGACCUGGAGACUGACGACCUCAUCCGGGCUACCGUCCGCACCCAGUUUGAGAACUGCACGGUGCUGACCAUCCCACACUGGCUCGACACCAUCAUAGACUAUACCAGGGUCCUCGUCCUGGACAGAGGGACAGUAGCUGAAUUUGAUUCUCCAGCCAACCUCAUCGCAGCCAGAGGCAUCUUCUACGGGAUGGCCAGAGAUGCUGGACUUGUCUAA